CCAUUUUUUUUUCUCAGAGAAUGAGCCGAGGGGACUCUGCAGCUGAAAAAACAGACAGAGAGGAAGGGUUAUUGAGACAAGAAGCAGAGUGUGUGUGUGUGUGUGUGUGUGUGCGUGCGUGUGUGUGUGUGUGUGUGUGUGUGUGUGUGUGUGUCGGGGUGAACUAGGGUGUACGUGUGUGUUAUGAAGCAGCCAGUAAUUACCUUCCAGCAUCUGAACCAAUCAAGAGCUGUGGAGAUAUAGAAACAGAGAGAGAGAGAGAGAGAGAGACAGAGUGUUCAUUUAGAUUUCAGUCUAUUCCCAGGAAAAAGACACUCGCGCUGACACACACACACACACUCACGCACGCGCACACACGCACGCAGACACACAGCCCGUCCAUUCAACCAGAGUCAGGGAGAAGGAACGGAAGUGUUUUCUUUGGGGGAGCACAGCUUAGCCUUUCUCUUGUUUACCGACUCGUGGUGGGUGAAGACAGAUGGACAAGAUGAACCACAGCUCAGCUGAGGCAGAGCCUGAAACCAUAGAACCGCUUCGUUACCUCAGCAAAGGGGAUGCAGCAGCUAUCGAGACAGAACUGCUGAGAGACUACAAGUUUGGACAACAGCAGCUCAUAGAGCUUUGGGGACAAGCAUGUGCUCUCGCCAUCACUAAGGCCUAUCCACUGAGUGCUUUAUCAAAGAAGCAACCGACAGUGCUGGUGAUCUGCGGUCCAGAUCAAAAUGGCUCCAUUGGCCUAGUGUGUGCCCGACAUCUCCGCAUAUUCGAUUAUGAGCCCACCAUCUAUCACCCGAAACGUUCCUCUCACAGCCUGCACCAGGAUUUCACAAUUCAGUGUGAGAAGAUGGACAUCCCUUUCCUUUCCUAUCUCCCUACAGAGGUGCAGCUUAUCAAUGAUGCCUACAACCUAGUGAUCGAUGCCAUGCUAGGCCUGGAGGCAGACUCGUCCAAUAUUAAGGAGCCAUAUUCUGGCAUCCUGGUCACCCUAAAGCAAAUCAAGAUUCCCAUUGUCAGUGUGGAUGUGCCCUCAGGUUGGGAUGCAGAGGAACCAAGUCAGGACGGGAUAAACCCAGAAGUUCUCAUCUCACUCAUGGCACCAAAGAAGUGUGCACUAAACUUCUCUGGAAAGCAUUUCUUGGCUGGACGCUUCCUGCCCUAUGACAUUCAGAAAAAAUAUGAGCUUAAUCUCCCAGACUACGCUGGCACGGACUGUCUCCUGGAACUGUAACACACGGAAACACAGGAGCUGUGUUUCUACCCUUGGUCGCAUUUUAUAGGUUGUUUCUGUAAUUUAACGUCAACAUCUCGGCUGUUUAGACCCAAAAUGCACAUUAGCCAAAUGUGUUGUUGAGCUGCUGUAAAAGGAUGAAUCUUAGAGCAAUGGCUUUGAGUCGUGCCUGUUUAGGAAAUGGCAUGAGGAGUUUGUUGUCAGUCGACGUGUAAGAGCUGUAGCAUUCCACCGUUUCCUAGUUUCCAGAAUUGGCAAAAGGAAAAAACAAGUUUUCUAUCAUAAAAGUCACUGGAUUUUUUUCUUUUUUUCCCCCAAGAAACCUGAAGCUUUUAUGUUCUCAUGUACUCGUUCUGUGGACCCCAUUCCCUCAGUGUGCUGCUAAAAUAACGUGGUGUAGGUUGGCGUUUUGGGUAUAAAUAUAUAAAACUAUAUAUAUUUGUGUUCUUUUGAUUGUUUGGUCAUUUUUAAACUUGCCACUACAUUCUUUUAGUUAAUGCAUUUGCUUUUACAAAACGUUGAGAUAUUUCUUGUUGACCAAUAAAAAAAAAGAUCUGACCAAUUUCAGGAAGCGCAAUGUGACUGGUGUUUUUAAGUUUUUUCACUAAUAUAAUGAAAAUAAUUCAAAUUGUACUUGGGUUUUUUUUUUCCAAAGCUGCCUCUAAAAACAGGCGUAAGAGAUGGCAAUAUUAACUUUAAACAACACAAUAUUUGGAAGCACUGGUCCAAAUUAUGUUUAAUGUCCAUUCAGUACAUUUGCUUAUAUACUACAAGAUUUAUUUAGCUUCGGUUUUCACGAAAGACCAACACAGUCAACCACACAACUUUGAAGUGGAGGAACACGGUUGUAUUUACUCUUAUUGAAGCAUAUAUUUAAGGGUAAAACACUAAAGAGGACUUAUAUUUUUAUACAACUUUGGAAACCAUGAAUAUUGUAUAUUCUGAUGUAACAAAAUGUAAAAACAUUCAAGCACAGGGCACAGUACGACUUCAAUUAGGUUGCUCUCCCAUCCCCAUGUGGGGAUCUGACUAGAGUAACACAAGCACUGAAGUAAUCAGAUACUGAAGUAAUUUGCAGUCAGGCGUUUGAAUAAUGGCCACUGAUUCAUUAAGUUUGAAACACAAGCAUGUUGCAACAAUUAAAGUCUUUAAAAGAACUCAUAUGGUUGCACUGCUUGCCUGCUCCCAACUGGAUUUGGUUUGUUAAUAUAAGCUGUAAACAGGUGAGAUCGGCCUAUAACCAGCCCAACUAGACGAUCUGUCCAUGUGGAGGUUAGCGCAGCAGCUUUCGGUGAAAAUGACUUAAGAGGGAGGUUACUGUGCCGUUUACGGCUGAGGUAAUGUGUAUUUAUACAACCUUAGGAGCUUCUUCAGCAUACUAAUGCACUAAUGCCUGGUGAGUAUCCACAUGUGUGAGUGGGUGUAGGCAGUCAGUGAAAAGGAAUGUUUACAUGUUGUUCACUCUGCACUGUCCAAAGCAAUUGGGAAAUGACUGUGGAAAUAUCCCUGAACUAUCAGUGGCCAAGUCUUUAAUGUCCGUCCAAAACUCUCUCAGGCAACAAUGGGUCUGUGGUUACAGUGUCAGGGGUGCUCAUCACCAGAGCGGGUGAGUAAUAAGCACCAGAAUCUUUGAUUGAUAUAAAUUUAUACAGUCAAAUUUAACAGCAGCUGUUUUCCAAUGUUUAGGAACAGACUGUGCAUGGUGGUUUUGGAUAUAGGACAUAUGGGUAGAUGCCCAGGGUGGCAUCAGAAAGUCACUUGGGGGCACCACAAGCAUUUGUCAUUUCACCUCCAUACACCUUGAAGAAAUUUUCUUCUGCUUCUGAUACAAGGUGCAGUAAACUGCAACCCCUGCUUGCUGCAGAGAAUAGAGAAACUAUUUCAAACACUGCAAUGGAAAAUUAAUCCAUUGCAGUGAUUUUCUGCAUUUUCAUUGGCUGUGGGUUGGCUGAAGGAGGAGCUAAUUCAAAAUCUUAUUUGUGUAAGAAAUUUAGCUGGUCAAAGACCUAGCUUCUUGCCUAAAUCUUAAUGUAUUGUAGCAUUUCAAAAUCAAAAAGUCGAUCAGCAAGGAGGGCUUGUUUGCGGUAAUGAUAAAAUAGUUUUUUUAGUGAUUAAUGAGAAGGAUAUAAAUAAUUUCAUGGUAUUUUUUAAAUAUAAUGCAUGCAAAAACAUGAAUAUUUUUAUUUUCAAAAUCAAAACCUAUUUUACAUUUUUUGUUGUCUUCUGUACAAUUAGAAACAACCAUCUUGCUUGCUAAAAAUUCUUUUUAAUUCUUGAUUAACCAGGAGAAUAAAUAAUUUGCAGCUUUUGCCUCUCGACUAAGAGAUUUAAACUCAACAUAAAGAAUUAAAUAAGCCCUCAUAAAGUACAUGACAAGGUAUACCUUACACAAUUUUAAUCCAGACAUUUUGAAUCCCCCCCUAAAAAUUUGAUUGUGGUAUUUGGUGCAGUUGCAAACAUUUGCAAACAUUUUUCUUAUACAUAAGGAUUAAUGUUGAGUAAAUCUAUGAAAGGAUCUUUUGGAGGGACUUAAAGGAAAACACUAAACAUCCUGGAAACAGCUUUCAAAGGAAUAACACUGCCAUAAGGGGAACUCCGUCUGCUGCAACGCUUAGGAGAGCUGCACACGUCCAAGUGCCAUUCACUGUCCUGGAAAGAUUCAAAACUUCCGAGCAGGGCAUUUUUUUUUGUCAUUUUUGAUCAAGAAUAUUCAUUUAAUUUCAUAGUCUGUUAAAUUUGGCUACUGUACAUAAACAUUUAUGUGAUUUUCAUUGUUGUUCUUAACUGUUUGCAGUAGCCACUAAAGUGUUAAAUAAAAAUAAAACAUUCAAAGGUGCUAA